AUGCAAGACUGUCAUGCACCGAACAUAUUACCUUACAAAACUCUUUCAAAGUUUAUAAAAACUGUUGACAUAGGUGAUGUAAAGGAUCUAAGAGAAUUUUGUAUGGAAGCAGGCUUCAAUCCUGUUUCAGGGGUGUAUAGAAGUUUGAAACCACUGCUUGUACAGUUAGCAACUUCAACUUCUACUUCAACUUUAUUUAGCAUCUUUUAUAUCAAGACCAAUGAUACCCUUCUUUGCUUACAUUGGUUCAAUGAGGAAGUCGGUGUGUUUUAUGUUGCUGUAGGCGCUGAUGGAGCACCGUUUGACAAAGACGAUACAGCAACGGCUUAUUAA